GCGGGCACCCUGGUCAUGGAGGACUGCAACGUGCAAUCGGCCGCCAGCAUUCUGGCCUCAGUGAAGGAGCAGGAGGCCCGCUUCGAGCGGCUGACACGGGCACUGGAACAGGAGCGGCGCCACGUUGCCCUACAGCUGGAGCGUGCCCAGCAGCCUGGCAUGGGCAGUGGGCAGCCCCUGCCGAUGGCCUGGCAACAGCUGGUCCUGCAGGAGCAGAGCCCAGGCAGCCAGGCCUCACUGGCCACAAUGCCAGAGGCGCCCGAGGUGCUGGAGGAGACAGUGACAGUGGAGGAGGACCCUGGCACACCCACCUCCCACGUGUCCAUCGUCACGUCUGAAGAUGGCACAACACGGCGCACGGAGACUAAGGUCACCAAGACAGUCAAGACAGUGACCACGAGGACGUUACGCCAGGUGCCUGUGGGCCCAGAUGGACUCCCUCUGCUGGAUGGUGGCCCUCCACUAGGCCCUUUCACCGACGGCCCCCUGGACCGGCAUUUCCUGCUACGUGGUGGUGGCCCUGCGGCCACACUCUCCCGAGCCUACCUCAGCAGUGGGGGUGGCUUUCCCGACGGCCCUGAGCCCCGUGAUGGGCCCAGCUACGGCAGCCUGUCCCGAGGGCUGGGUGUGCGACCCCUGCGCACUGGCCCCCUUGGCCCAGGCCCUGGCGAAGGCUGCUUCACGCUGCCUGGCCGCCGUGAGGCCUUCCCUGGAGGUCCCGAAUCUGGGCCGCCGGGUGGCCGCUCCCUGCCUGAGCGCUUCCAGGCAGAGCCGUAUGGCUUGGAGGAUGACACACGCAGCCUGGCCGCUGAUGACGAGGGUGGCCCUGAAUUGGAGACCGACUAUGGCACGGCCACAAGGAGGAGGCCUGAGUGUGGGCGUGGCCUUCGUGCCAGGGCCUACGAGGAUGUGGCGGAUAAUGGUGGCGAGCUGAUGGACGAGCGGCCCCUGUUCCCAGCAGCAACGGCACCCUUGGCCCAGCCUGAACGAGGCAGCCUGGGCAGCCUGGACCGGCUGGUGCGGCGCUCACCGUCGGUGGACAGUGCCCGCAAGGAGCCGCGCUGGCGGGACCCUGAGCUGCCCGAGGUACUGGCUAUGCUGCGGCACCCUGUGGACCCUGUGAAGGCCAAUGCAGCUGCCUACCUGCAGCAUCUGUGCUUUGAGAACGAGGGUGUCAAGCGGCGCGUGCGGCAGCUGCGGGGGCUGCCGCUGCUGGUGGCACUGCUUGACCACCCUCGGGCCGAAGUGCGGCGCCGAGCCUGUGGGGCACUGCGCAACCUCUCCUAUGGCCGUGACACUGACAACAAGGCUGCCAUCCGGGACUGCGGUGGUGUGCCUGCCUUGGUGCGCCUGCUGCGGGCUGCUCGGGACAAUGAGGUCCGCGAGCUUGUCACUGGCACACUCUGGAACCUGUCAUCCUACGAGCCCCUGAAGAUGGUCAUCAUUGACCACGGCCUGCAGACACUGACCCAUGAGGUCAUCGUGCCCCACUCGGGCUGGGAGCGCGAGCCCAAUGAGGACUCCAAGCCACGGGAUGCUGAGUGGACGACUGUCUUCAAGAACACGUCGGGCUGCUUGAGGAAUGUGAGCUCGGAUGGUGCGGAGGCCCGGCGGCGACUCCGGGAGUGUGAAGGGCUGGUGGAUGCGCUCCUGCAUGCCUUGCAGUCGGCUGUGGGCAGGAAGGACACAGACAACAAGUCAGUGGAGAACUGCGUGUGCAUCAUGCGGAACCUGUCCUACCACGUGCAUAAGGAGGUGCCUGGGGCCGACAGGUACCAGGAGACUGAGCUCGGGCCCCCAGGCAGUGCUGCAGCCUCCCAGCGCCGGAGGCGGGAUGACGCUAGCUGCUUCGGUGGCAAGAAGGCCAAAGAGGAGUGGUUCCAUCAAGGGAAGAAAGACAGUGAGAUGGACCGGAACUUUGACACGCUGGACCUGCCCAAGCGAACCGAGGCGGCCAAAGGCUUUGAGCUGCUGUACCAGCCCGAGGUGGUACGUCUCUACCUUUCCCUCCUCACGGAAAGCCGGAACUUCAACACUCUGGAGGCUGCUGCUGGCGCCCUGCAGAACCUCAGUGCUGGCAAUUGGAUGUGGGCCACGUACAUCCGCGCCACAGUGCGCAAGGAGCGCGGGCUGCCAGUGCUUGUGGAGCUGCUGCAGUCGGAGACCGACAAGGUGGUGCGUGCUGUUGCCAUCGCCCUACGCAACCUUUCGUUGGAUCGGCGCAACAAGGACCUCAUUGGGAGCUAUGCCAUGGCAGAGCUGGUGAGGAAUGUGCGCAAUGCGCAGGCUCCACCACGUCCUGGAGCCCACCUGGAGGAGGACACGGUGGUUGCCGUGCUCAACACCAUCCACGAGAUUGUGUCCGACAGCCUGGACAAUGCACGCUCACUCCUCCAGGCCCGCGGUGUGCCUGCACUUGUGGCCCUCAGUGCCUCCAGCCAGUCAGUGCGCGAGGCGAAGGCAGCCUCACAUGUGCUGCAGACAGUGUGGAGCUACAAGGAGCUGCGCGGUGCCCUGCAGAAGGACGGCUGGACCAAGGCACGCUUCCAGUCUGCUGCUGCUGCUGCUGCUGCCACCAAGGGGCCCAAGGGAGCGCCAAGUCCUGGGGGCUUCGAUGACAGCAUGCUGCCACUGGUGGACAAGAGCCUGGACACCGAGAAGCCAGGCAGCCAGGAUGUAAUCCCCAUGGACACACUCGGCCCAGAUGGCUACUCCACUGUGGACCGGAGGGAGCGGAAGGCUAUGGGCAGUGGCACUACAGGGGAGGCCUCUGAGAAGGAACCGUUGAAACCUGACCCCGGCAGGAAAGCCCCUCCUCCCGGGCCCAGCAGGCCUGCGGUCAGGCUGGUGGACGCCGUGGGGGACGCUAAGCCUCAGCCUGUUGACUCCUGGGUCUAGCUUGCAUGCCUGGGCUCGGGCCCAGCCAUUUGUUCUUAGGGAUGGAUCACCAGGAGAAGGGCCAUCCUGUGCGGACCCUGCUGUGAAGCCUGGAGCCCUCUAGUGGCAAGGGUUGGCAGCACCUGUCACCCUGAGCUAGGGCCUGAUUUUCUUGAUGCUUCUCCUGUUCUGCCCCCUCCCUCUGCAGUCCCCACCUAACUCCCUAGGCCAGUUAGCUGUUACUGACUUGGUGCUGUGUGCGAGCUAGUGAGAGAGAGAAGGCCCAAGAAGGCGGGAGGGCUGCCAUGGGCAGGGACCAGGGAGGCAGCAGGGGAGGGCAUCUGGUUGUGCUUUGGGGCUGGUGGAACAGGAGAGGGUGGCUCUGUGUGCACAGGGCCCCAGAGGAGUGGGACGGGCCUGGUCUGGUGGCUGAGGCCGGGGGGCCAGGCAGGCAGCUGGGUAGGGAGUGGGACUGAGGGAAGGAAGUUGGACUCUGGAGGAUGGAGGGGUUCCCCUGGGCCUCCCCUGCAUGGCAGGCCAACCACAGUGUGGGGCUGCUCCAAGAUGGCUGGCCCCAGGUAGGGAGGCUUUGGAGGGAGCAAGAUGGGGCUCAGGCUAUGCAUGCCCACCCCAGCCCCGCCCUUGAGUCCUGUGGAUAUGUGGGACCCCCAUGCAGUAGAACCUUCCCUGAGCUGAUGCUGGCCGGGGCCAGGGCUGCUGCAUCUGCAUCUGCCUGGAACCCAAGCAGCACCUCUGGACUGACCUGCAGCAGCAGUGGGGGGGC